AUCCAUUCUCCAUUGAUCCAUUCAUUGACUGCCUGAGUGAUCCCUGCAUUGUCCAUCGAUUUUAAACAACGGCUCUUCUUCAUCAUUGUCAUCAUCAUGGAUCUUAAAGACUACGUCAGCCAUGAGCCCUUCCAUCUUCAAUCCAUGGGCGCCAUCACCACCUGCUCUCCGUCUCCUAUCUCUCUGCCCUUGCUCUCACCAUCACAGUCGCAAUCGCAAUCCCCAUUCCCCUCUUCAUGCCAUCCCGAUCCCGCCCUGCAGUCCUCGUCUCUGAACCACGUUAUGAACAACUUCUACCCGGAACCAGUCGCCUUGUCGCUGCACAAUUAUCGCAAGUACCUGGCGCACGGGGGCUCGUCGACCUCUGUCGAUGGACACGAUUUCAAAAAGCUGCGCCGGAAAAAUGCGGCCUUGAAUCUGAAUCAACCGUCUGACCCUCCGCAUUCUGUCUCGCCCUUCUCGGUGUCCUCGGCGUCGAGUCCGCCGCCGCUGUCGCCUUCGUCGUCGCCCAGUGCGGUUAGCGAGUUGGGCGCGGAGAGCUUGCGCGGGUUUCUUUUAUCGCCUAGUCCUGUGGACUGGGGUUCAGGCGAGCGUUCGGGGCACCGGCUGGAUUCGUAUAAAAUCUUGAACACAUUCCGUGACAGACUUGAGCAGUACCCCGAUCCCGACCCGACGCCCUCGAUCCGCGGCCACAGCAAGACCUACUCUGACUCUGCACUGCUCAACGUCCCCCAAGAUGACUCGACGGUCAUCAGCCACAACGGGACCUCGUUCGAGAUUCUCAACCCCCAUGAAUCGCUGCGCUUUGCGCGCAUCGUCUCUUAUAUCGAAGACGUGGACACGUACUCAGUCCCCAGCUCGUCCGGCCACGGUCACCAACGGGACUCGUACCUAUUCGACGACACCAAUUCCAUUCCUAUCUACGAUACAUCGUUCCUAGACGACGAUGACCACCGUUCCUUUCCCUACCCCCUAGAGGACACGCACGAGGAAGACAUCAGCCCCGACGUGACCGCCCACCACGACCUUGUCGGCGACUCGCCGCACCACCCCAUGCCGUCGAUCUCCGAGCGUCUAGAAGAAAACGACGUCGAGUCCACCUACUCGCCCGAUGAUCCCCGCCGCAACUCCUACUCUUUCCCUUACCCUCCCUCUCCCACCUCCCCUUCUCACUCCCGCUCCUACUCCUACUCUCACUUCCACCGCCCCUCCCGCCUCUGGACCCCUCGAUCCUUCGACUCCUCCGACCUCGGCGAACCCGGCUCCCCCGUCUGCGAAGACGACUACAACCCGCACACCUCCUGGAAGCCAAGCCCCGGAUACCCCCGCUCCCUCGACGCAGAAGUCGUGAUCACGCGCUCAGGGAAGAACGAAAUCCACGUCCAGCGCCGUCCCACUCAGCGCUCAUCCAACCGUCCCGCGAAGGGCGGCCCCGAAGCGAGCAAAACGGGCCCGUUUCGACGUCUCUGCGUGUUUGCGAUGGCGUGGCGACGCAAGAAGUUUUUCGGGGGUGAGGGGACGAAAUAAUCUUAAAAUCAUUCAUCUACCUUCUCAUUACGUUCCUUGGUUUCUUUCCGUUCAGUUCCGUUUUCUUUUAUCGAUUUACAUCAGAUUAUUUCUCUUGUUCUGCUUUGCAUGAUUGCUUGCUUGCUUGCGAUAACUAGCGAUAGCGAUAGCGAUUGAUUGAUUGAUUGAUUGAUAUAGAUAGAUAGGUCUUGUUGUGUUUGAGUUUGAGUUUGGUCUCUCGCAGUUUUGUUGUCAUGAUCGUGUCGAUUUCUGAGAAACGCACGAUUGGGUUCCAAUGAGCGAUUUGCUUCGUCUUUUUCGUUUGUCGUCUUUCCCAUCACUGAUUCGAUUCGUUUGCUCUGUUUUCCUCUGUAGCCAUAUUAU